GCUCUGCCUCCUUCGCUCUCGCUGCAGCGGUGAAAGCAGAGGGUUUAACCGAGACAAACCCGCGGAUGUGCCAUAAAACCGCCUGUUACCGCUGAGAUACCCUUCUGUGCCACAAGUUCACCUGCUGGGCUCGCAGCUCUCCGGUGGUGUAGUCGAAGAUAAGAAGCUAUCUGUGUUAAAGGGGAACCUGAGCAAGCUGAGAGCCACAUAAGAAGGGGGCGGGGGGGUGUUUGUCGGCCCGCUGCAGUCUGAAUCACCGGAGACUCGUCCCACCGCUGGUUCAUCAUCGACGUCGUUCGCCCAGUGUACGUGCAUCCUCUCGGAGGAAGAAAGCGACGGGAAGAGACGGGGGCCCGAGCCCGUGUUUGACCCUCUGCCGCAGCCCCGAGGUGCGCUGCUUGGUAGAGCAUGCUAAACAAUGAGCCAAAGGGACACACUGGUUCAUUUGUUCGCCGGAGGAUGUGGUGGCACAGUGGGCGCUAUUUUGACUUGUCCUCUGGAGGUUGUGAAGACAAGGCUGCAGUCCUCUUCCAUCACUCUCUACAUCUCUGAAGUCCAGCUCAGCACCGUCAAUGGAGCCAGUGUGGCCCGUGUCGCUCCACCUGGGCCUCUGCACUGUCUCAAGUUAAUUCUAGAGAGAGAGGGACCUCGUUCACUCUUCAGAGGACUUGGACCCAACCUUGUGGGUGUGGCACCUUCCAGAGCGAUCUACUUUGCGGCCUAUUCGACAGCCAAGGAGAAGCUGAAUGGGAUACUGGAGCCAGACUCUACCCAGGUGCACAUGGUGUCGGCUGGGAUGGCAGGGUUCACCGCCAUCACAGCCACCAAUCCCAUCUGGCUGAUCAAGACCCGUCUGCAGUUGGAAACCAGAACCCGGGGUGAGCGGCGAAUGAAUGCAUUUGAGUGCGUGCGGCGGGUGUACCAGAUGGACGGCGCGCGAGGUUUCUACAGGGGCAUGUCAGCCUCAUACGCUGGCAUCUCUGAGACCGUUAUCCAUUUUGUCAUCUAUGAGAGCAUCAAACGUAAACUGCUGGAGUCUAAGGCCCACGCCAGCAUGGACGAAGAGGAGGAGUCUGUGAAAGAUGCCUCAGACUUUGUGGGCAUGAUGCUCGCAGCAGCCACCUCCAAGACCUGUGCCACCUCCAUUGCCUACCCUCAUGAGGUGAUCCGCACACGGCUACGAGAGGAAGGCAGCAAGUAUCGGUCUUUCUUCCAAACUCUGCUGACUGUACCUAAGGAGGAGGGAUACCGGGCGUUGUACCGCGGCCUCACCACCCACCUCGUCAGACAGAUCCCCAACACCGCCAUCAUGAUGUGCACCUAUGAAGUGGUGGUCUACCUGCUUGGCCGUUAGCCCACCAGGUAUGUCUCCCUCCUGUUUAAAGAGGGAGACAGUUAGCAGAUGAUUGGCGAGGAAAAGUGAGGACAAAAUGUCAAAAUGAAGACCAAAGGAAGAAAAACUAGUGGACCAGAAGAGGACAAAUGGACAGAAGAUGAAGCCCUUUGUUACCAUAUCUGCAUCAUCACCUCCACUUCCCUUUAUCAGACUGAUAGAGGGUGCUACAGAUCACAGAAGAGGUAAUAUGGGUAGGACGAGAAAGGAGGCACUGACAGGAAAGACACAGAACGAGUUUGGCACCUGUUAAACAAAAGGUACCUCUGAAGGAAAAUAAAUGAAGCACAGUUCAGUGGCCUUAAUGGAAAGGGUUUUAGUUUGCGUCUUCUGAAGCAAAGAGUGAAAAAUUGCCUUUUCACUCUCGGAUAGGGAUAUUGUGAAAGGGGAAUGCUUGGAGGCAACGGAAUUUGACAGGAAAGAUGAUAACUGAAAUGUAGGUAAAUUUCAAUAAUCCAAGAACCUCUACUUGGCACUAUUCGUCUGCCCUUGCUUUAGUGCUGUGAGACUACUGUACGAUUAGAUAACUGGCAGUUAAGGAAUGUUCAUUGAAAGAAGAAUGUCAGAAGGAAGUUGGCAUUUAAAAACAAAGACAUGAGUCUGUUUUGAGGUUACCUGAACUACCCGUCUUUGCACUACAGAAAGUGAGGCUCCAAGUAUUCCCCUCUGAACACUGCAGUCAACACCCCCUCGGUGGCCUGAAGUUCAUACGUAGCAGUGAGCUAACUGGCCAAACACAAGAAAACACAAUGAUGAGCUUGUGACGGCCUGCCACUCGAACACAUGCCUCAGAAACCAGCACGUGUUCGAUAAAGAGUGUGUUGAAAUGCUGACUUGCUCAUUCAGCCUUUUAUUCCUCUACAGCUCGGUGCCUGGUGGUGACAUGCUUCAGCUGAAGUUGGCCUUCAGUGUUGGCAGUUUCUCUUUGUUCAAACUCAAAUAAGACGAGUAUACAAGGCCAGCUUCUGCCUGCACACAGUCACUGCUCAGGAGGACUUUAAAAUCUUGUGUGAAAACAUGAGACUAAUGUGUCCUUUUUUGAGAUGUGAAGUGUAAUUGUCCAAAAGGUACCAAGACUUAGUACUAUUGGAGUGCCACUACUUGAAUAUAAUGUGACGGUGUGGGGAAAUGUUGGAGUGGGAGAAUGUUUAUGGAGUUUCAUCAUCACCCCGUGUGUGUGUGAGUGUGUAUGUGUGUGUCUUACUUGUUGGUCACUUUCACAGUGAUAAUCUAACUAUGAAGGUUAGGGUUAGAGUGUGUGUGUGUGUGUGUGUGUGUGUGUGUGUACUUGUGUGUCUACAGUCAUGUGUGCCUGCAUGUAUAAUUAAUAUCUACUCCAGAUUUCCCUCCACUAACUAUUAAUCUUGCGAGACACUGCGGUUGCGAGUGUGGAGAAGCACCUGUGCGAUACUGGCAGCUUUUCAUUCCCACUCUCAUGCCAGUCCUUUCUUCUAGUGGCUUCCAACUGAUCUGAUAACAUGCACUUUUGUGGCCUUUUAGGGCUUGUGCUUUGCAUUUUAUUGUGUGGACAGUUUGAACUUGUACAUUGUAAAAGAAAAAAAGUAUUACUGUAUAUCAAAAUGGUAUUUUGCAUUUUCUGUUCUUAUAGCAGAUAUAUUGUACAGUUUAGAGUUCUCAGUAGUUGUGAAGGAUGUCCAAAUGUGUGUGUGUGUAUAUAAUAUAGAUCCUUUAUAUGCAUAUCAUUUGUUGCUUUUCUCUCAGACCCAUGUAUGAUCAUGCUGUAGUUUGCAUUUGCAAAUUAUUGCUUUCAUUUAUGUGCAAUUUUGACAUGGAUUGUUGAUAUGAAUAUUGAUAUUGCUUGGCUGAUUUUUCUUACAGUAUAAAUUGUGUUUUUUUUUUUGUAUGUGUAUGUUGCUGUCAUGCAAACAUUUGUGCUUACAUGAAAGCUGACAAAUGCUGCAGGACAAAUACUUUCAUGUAAGCGUUUGUGCUGAAGCAUUGGUCAUUUUACGGCAUUCAUAAAAAGUGUUCCAUUUUGUAAAGUUUGUCAUUGGUAAUGUUUACAUUGUUCAUUAGUUUCUGUCAGAUUAUUUUUGGUUCUCCAAGCAACGUGUUUUGAAAAUCAAGAUUUUUUUUUUUAUAGUAUUUUAAUGUAAGAGCUCGAGAACUGAUAUUGUGCUUCUACAACACUGUACAGAGUACCACAGUGUGUUGGGACUGUUAAAAACUGAAUUAAAGAGAUCCAGAACUUGCUAAACUAAUCUAACUAAUACUGAGGACGGUUGUUGGUAAGAGACGGUAAAUGUACCCUUUAAAUGAUCCAUUCAAAAAGUUAAUACAGCAUACAUAAAGAUUGAUCUUUUCAAAUUGUAUCCAAGCACCUCUUAUAUUGUUUAUUAUCAAAACAGCCUUUUUUACUUGACUUUUAAAACUUCUGUUGAGCAGAGAAAAGCCGUCCCUCAACACCCUCUCUGAUCCCAGUGGUCUCACUGCACACUGCUACAUAUGGAAAUGAUAAAGACUGCACAGUUUCCAUGUUUAAAAGUAUUGUUUAUUUCAUCAAUUACAGGAAAUCUGGUGCGUUCAUGUUGUUGAAUGCUCUCGUUUUUUCCACACUUGUUGCUGGAUCCUUUCAGAGGCAAACCAAGGCCUGUGUUGUACCUUGUUAUAGUUAUUGAUUUUCAGUCUCCAUUGACAUGUUGCUAGCCUAUAGUUGCUGUCGGUGCUUGAAAAAAACAAAUUGCUGACUGAGCAAUAGCUUUUAUCUCUGGCUUCAUCGCAGUAGUACUUGAGGUCAAAUUACCAAAAUGUGACAUAAACAGACAACUGGACAAACGGUGCAAACAUUUCACUUUAUUUUUUACCUCUCAUUUCAGUGUCUGUAUGCAAUUCAAUAUCUAACCUGUACGUUGGACAGGACGCAGCCUCAAGAAGGGUUGAAUGAAACCUGGAACAUUGGUUUUUGCCAGCUCAAUCAUUGAUGUAUUUUUUGUUUGUUUGUUUGUUUUUUAAACAAAAAGUAAAUAAAAAUCCACUUGUAACUAAAA